AUGCCGGGAGCACGAUCGAAGCCGUAUCAGCCUUACAGAGAUGUACACGCCAGUCCUCAGGGAGCUGGCGAUGCCCGCCCGACUGGAACACAAAUUGUCAAAGACUGUGAUUUGGUCGGGAAGUUGAAGGGCAAGACCAUUCUAAUCACCGGUGCGAACUCUGGAAUCGGCGUCACGACAGCAAAAGCGUUGCACCUUACCGGGGCAAAGUUGUUCUUGACUGCCAGGGAUGUGAGCAAGCUCGACAAGAUCAUCGAGGAGAUCGUCAGAGAGAACCCCAACUUGCCUGUCCCGGAAGCAAUUGAGUUGCACCUGAACUCGCUGGACAGCGUCCGCAAAGCUGCGAAGGCCAUCGAGAGCAAGACGGCAACCCUCGACAUCUUGAUUUGCAAUGCUGGAAUCAUGGCGGUUCCGUACUCUUUGACAGAGGAUGGUCUGGAAAGCCAGAUUGGCGUGAACCACUUCGCUCAUUUCCUGCUGUUCCAGCCUCUUCGACCAUUGAUGCAGAAGGCGGCCGAGAAAUCCAAAGUUCCAUCCAGAGUCGUCAGCGUGAGCUCAUCAGGCCAUUGGUUCAGCGGCGGCCGUUUCGAAGACCUUCAUUCCAAGCGCCACCCAAUGACUUACAACAAAUGGCAAACAUACGGACAGAGCAAGACGGCCAACAUCUACAUGUGCAACUCCAUCACCCGCCACUAUGCUUCCCAGGGCAUUAUCGGCUUGUCGCUCAACCCAGGGGUCAUCGCCACGAAUCUCGGCAGACAUUUGACGGAAAGCGAUCAUGGAGAUUUUAGUUUCACUCCGGAGCUCAUCAAUGCAUUCAAGACUCCUGAGCAGGGUGCUGCUACGACCGUGUGGGCGGCUCUGAGUCCGCAUUUUGAAGAUGUUGAGAAUGGGGGGAGGUACUUGGCGGAUUGUGGUGAGAGUGAACCGACGAAGCCUGGUGCUCAUGCUGCUGAUACAGGAUAUGAUCCACAUGCGUAUGAUGAGGAGAAAGAAGAGAAGUUAUGGGAGUUGAGCUUGAAAACCGUUGGGUUGUGA